AUGCCGCCCUCCGCAGCAAUGAGUCUGCGCGAUUCAUUCGGGGACCGAAAAAUCCCGAAUAUCUCGCGAAAGAUCACGGCUUGUGUUCUGUGUCGCAAGCUCAAGAUGCUCUUAGAAAAUAAUGUUUCGUAUGUUGUCUUCAUGUUCUCAUUAUGGCUGAAGAUUUUAAUGAAGAUGACUAGUUGGAGAGAGAAAAUGGAAGGCCGCAUGAGCAGACUUGAGCAGUUUAUCAUCCAUAGCACAAACCAAACUCCCAGAGUCUCUGCUGGGAAUGCUGCUCCCGGGCAGCAACCAAUAAGCAUCGACAAUCUCGAUACAGAGAGAGUCGAUGUGCAAUCUAAUCCGCAGAACAACAAUUCAUCUGGAACGAUUACAUUAAAACUAUCAUGCAGUCUUGGGGCAUUCCUGGCAUCAUCAAUGGUCAGCUUAACUCUAAGGGACAGGAAAACGCCUCCGAGUCAAACUCCGGACCCAAUAUCCCGUGGAAUCAUAUCACAAGAAACAGCAGAGUGUAUGUUCGCAUACUAUAGAAGAAAACUUGAUCCCUAUCUACACCAUAUCCUCGACGAGAACGACACCUUGAGCACGAUCCGCACUCGCUCCUCUCUCCUAGCAACAGCAAUGACCACUGUGGCCGCCUUUUGCGCUGGCUCCAAGAACUAUAACGCUCUUCUCGAAUUCUUCAAAACCCAAGUCUCCUCCAAAAUGGUCUCGAAUAACCAUUCAUUCGACGAUGUCCACACUCUGUGCAUUGGAGCAUUAUGGCUCAAUGAAGUAUCAGCCGUACUCAACAGUUGA